CUCUGACCAUAAUUUUGAAUUUCAUUUAUUUCAUUUUUUAGGAAGAAGAAUGAGUCCUGAAAAUUUGGCAAUGGGGAUUUUGUUCCUAACACAGACUGGAGUGGGAAUCUCAGGCAAUUUUUUACUUCUAUUUUAUUACUCUUUCUUUGUUUUCACUGGAAAGAGUCUGACGCUCAAAGACCUGCUCAUACAGCACUUGACUUUUGCCAACUUCUGGGUGAUUACCUCAAGGGGAAUCCCUCAAACAAUGGCAGAGUUUGGCAUGAAAUAUUUCCUGGGUGACACUGGAUGUAAACUUAUUCUCUACCUUUAUCGAGUAGCCCGGGGGAUUUCCCUGUACACCACGUGCUGCCUGAGUUGCUUCCAAGCCGUCACAAUCAGUUCCAGCAACAGGUGGAGGACACUUAAGCAAAGAGCCACCAAGUACUUUGGCCCAUCCUGUUCACUCAGCUGGCUGGUGCAUCCGCUUCUAAACAUGCUGAUUUCCAUGAGGACAGUUGGCCCAAGAAACAAUAAAAAUAGCAGUAAGACAUUUAAUUUUGGUUACUGCUCAGGGUUUGUUACCGAUACCAUGGCAACCGCGAUCUAUGCGCUCAUACUCUGCUGCACAGAUGGUCUCUGUUUGGGUCUCAUGGCCUGGGCCAGUGGCUCCAUGGUGAGCAUCCUCUACGGGCACAAGAGGCAGGUUCGGUACAUCCACAGUGCCCACCGCUCCCCUCGAGUCUCCCCGGAGCCCAGAGCCACCCAGACCAUCCUGCUCCUGGUGUGCACCUUUGUCACUUUCUACGCCCUGUCUUCUAUCCUACUACUUCACUCAGCAAUGUUUGGAAAUACAAACGUAUGGGCUAUGAAUGUCUUUACAUUCAUAGAGACACGUUUUCCCACCCUUUGCCCCUUUGUUCUAAUCAGUAACAGCAACUCUGUUUCUAGGCUGUUGUCCCUGCUGUGUGAACAGGUGAUUUUCUCCGAACAGUGCACAAGUUCCAGUGAUGUACAUUCUGUGAUGUGUUGGUAUAUUGCUUCAUUCAUUAGGUAAUAAAUACGGAGAACAACAGUUGUUCCAGCCACCAAAGUGCUUGCAACGUAUUUCAGUGGUGUGCAGGUGUUUUUCAAUUCUACUAAUUCUAGAAUUUAUUAGCAGGUAUCACAUUUUGACAUUAGCAGGUAUCAUAUGUGGACUACCAUUCAUACUUACAGCCAGCCCAGCAGCCACUGUAAUAUGGAUUU